AUGCCUUACUUCGGGGACAAGGCACCAAACCUGGCUGCGUCCAUCAUCUCUUUGGCCGCCAUUGCCUAUAUUACCUUCGGUUUGCGGGUCUACACCAGGCUUCAUAACAGAGCUUGGGGCCUUGAUGAUUGGUCCAUGACUCUAGCAACCCUUCCUUUUACCGCACUGACGAUAUCAUGCAUUGGUGGCUCAUUCAGCGGCGUCGGCAUCCAUGAUAGUCGGCUAGAACCAGAGGAAAAGGUCCAGGGAUGCAGGUAUUUUUUCUUUUUCUUCGAAGUCUUCUAUUGCGCGGCCAUUAUCCCGAUCAAACUCAGCAUUUCCUUCAUGCUCAUACGCAUUGCCUCAGGCAGAACAAGAUAUAUAUCCAGCUUGUAUGCUGUGUCUGCCAUGUUCGUCAUUAUGAACCUCAUCGCCUUGUUAUACAUUGUUUUCCAAUGUGCCCCAGUGUCGUACGCUUGGGAUACAUCGACACCAGGGGGGAAAUGCAAUCCCGCGCAGACGCUUGCCGACAUCUACUAUGCAACGACUGCAGUGAACAUUGCCACGGAUUGGUUUUGUGCGCUGUUGCCCGUACCGCUUCUGUGGAACGUGCAACUCAACCGCAACGCUAAGCUUUCCGUCGGCGUCAUUCUCGGUCUGGGAGCCUUAGCAAGCUUGUCCGCAUGCGUUCGCCUCAUCUAUACGGUCAACCUGACGAGUUCGACCGACUAUCUUUACGGUGUGUCCGAUGUGAUUCUCUGGGGCUACGCCGAAAACGGCGUCGGAAUGAUUGUAGGAUGCGUUGCUACACUCCGCCCACUGCUGCAGCGCGUCCUCAAACUUGGGAGCAACGGCAGUUCGGACCCGUACCAAACACCCGCAGUAGGCUAUAUAAAACGCCCGACUGUCAAGGGCCAUCUGAGCGGCAGAGACGAAGAAUGGGUCGCACUGGACGACGGCCAGAUGGUGAACACGGUACGCGGACAGGGCAGCCUGGGAAGCGAAGAGUACAUACUACCUAUGAAGGGUAACGGGAUCCAUGUCACCAGCACAGUAGAGCAACGAUCAAGCUCAGCACGGAAUUAA